CAAAAUCCCCAGGUAGCGAGCUGAAAUGCUCAUGUUUAGGUGGUGGAUGUAAACUGUGAGCUCAAAAAGAUCGAAGAUUCUAAAAACGUGACCGCUGACUUCACCAGAUGACACAAUCGGACCUUUUGACUCUGGCCAUGUUCCAUCAACCUCUCGGCAUUCCCUGGCAAAUAAACAUGGGCAGCACAACAAUAAAUCCAGACGAUAUCAAACUGAUCGUUUCAGACGUUGACGGGACGCUUUUGGACUCGCACCACCGUCUCCAUCCUCGUACACGAUCGGCCAUUCUUCACCUUCGAAAGACACGGCCAGACCUCCCUUUCAUUAUCGCAACGGGUAAACCGUACGCAGCACUCGCAGAAGUACGAGAAGAACUGGACCUAUCACAUUUCCCUUGUAUUCACCUAAAUGGCUGUAUGGUUUAUGGUCCCGGGGGCUCUGUCAUGCGACAAGACGCACUAGAUCCCACCGUUGUUCUUCAGAUAGUAGACAUCUUACGCCCUAUGAACAAGUCUACUUAUCUUUAUGUGCAAGAUGAAGUGUUUGAGGUAAUUAAGGAUCCUGCGGGAAGGAACGGAAGGGCUUGGAUCGAUGUGCUUCGAGGAUUUGGAGAGGAUGUGAAGCCUGCGCCUGAUGGGAUCUUGGAUCAUGUUCGGGAAGGGCAGGUCAAGGUGCAAAAGGUGGUUGUACUUGCGGAUGAGAAAUAUAUUCCAGAUAUCCGCAAAAAACUUUCUGCAUUUCCACCUGAUGCCUGCUCACAGACCAGCGCCCUCUCCUACGCCAUUGAACUGAUUUGCAGUACAUCGUCAAAAGAGUUGGCCUUACAAACAUUGAUAGAUUCGUUAGAUGUCACCCCUCAGAACGUUCUGGCGUUUGGCGAUGGUGAAAACGAUGCUGGUAUGUUAGCUUUGGCAGGACAUGGAGUAGCUAUGGCCAAUGCUAUGGACAUGGCGAAAAAGAGAGCCAGAUACACAACUGGAACCCAUGAUGACGGUGGAGUAGGAAUGUUUCUAGAGGAGGUCUUUAACAUAGAACCUGUAACUAAUUCCCGUAACCCGACGAUUAACUAAAGUAAAGCAAUGGAUAAAAAGCCAGCUCCAAAAGCUGUUCAAAACCCCGUCGAUCUACUCGACGCAAGACUUGCC